CCGUCCAUCCCUAAAGCAAAGGCCAUCUUUGGUUUUCGUGUUUAUGCAGAAAUAGUGUUUUCGGUCGAUUGUUGCUGGUUUUUGUGAAUCUUCGCCAUGUCAGUGGUGAUUGAAACCACGCUAGGCGACCUGACCGUCGACCUGUUCACCAGCGAGCGGCCCAUCGCCUGCUUGAACUUCCUGAAGCUUUGCCGGCUAAAGUACUACAACUUCAAUCUCUUCCACACCGUGCAGCAGGGUUUCAUCGCCCAAACCGGCGAUCCCAGUGGCGCCGGAGACGGCGGCUCCUCCAUUUGGGGGGUGGUGGAGGGCCUGCAAAAGCGCUUUUUCGAGGCGGAGUACCUGCCCAAAAUCCAGCACUCCAGCGCAGGGAUGCUGUCCCUGGUCAGUGCAGGCAAGAAUCUGGUGGGCUCCCAGUUCUUCUUCACGCUGGGCGAGAACCUGACGUCGCUGGAUGGCAGCCACUGCGUCAUCGGUGAGGUGGUGGAGGGCCACGAGGUGCUGCGCAAGCUGAACGACGCCAUUGUGGACGAUGGCUUCCGGCCGUACCAGGACAUACGAAUCACGCACACAGUGGUGCUGGAGGAUCCGUUUCCCAAUCCGCGCGGCCUUCAGGCUCCCAGCCGAUCCCCUUCGCCCAGUGCGGAGCGCCUGCAGAACGGACGCAUUGCAGCCGACGAGGAUAUCGACGACACGGAUGGCAUGACCAUGGAGGAGCUGCAGGAGAUGCUAGCCGAAAGGGAGGCCAAGGCGCGAGCCACAAUCCUCGAGAUAGUCGGUGAUCUUCCGGAUGCGGACAUGGCCCCGCCAGAAAACGUUCUCUUUGUGUGCAAACUCAAUCCUGUCACCACCGACGACGAUCUGGAGAUUAUCUUUAGUCGCUUCGGCGUGGUCAAAGGAUGCGAGGUGAUUCGCGACCGCAAGACAGGCGACUCCCUGCAGUAUGCCUUCGUGGAGUUCGAGGAUCAGAAGUCCUGUGAGGCGGCCUAUUUCAAAAUGGACAAUGUUCUAAUCGACGAUCGUCGCAUCCACGUGGACUUCUCGCAAUCCGUUUCCAAGGUCACCUGGCGGGGCAAGGGACGCGGGAUAGUGGGCGACGAGGGCAGGCUAGACUUUGAUAAUUUGCGGGACAACAAGGAUCGCAGGAAACCCAACAAUAACAAUAGCCGGGGCAGACCGGAGGACCGCAGAGAUCGUAAACGGUCUGAGGAUCCAAGAAACAGGAUGAGCUCUGUGGAGCGGCGAACGGCGAGGGAGCAGCGCCACCAGGAGCAGAAUAAACGACCCGACGAUCGUCACAAUGUGCGUAGGCGCUCGAGAUCCAGGGAGUCAAGGGAUCAAAGACGCUCUAGGUCAAGAAAUCCCGACCAUGGACAAGACAGGGAUAAUCCAGAUCGAAAGCGUUUCAACGAUCGAGAGCGAGGGGAUCGUAAUAUUAGGAGACCUUCAAGGUCUCGGGAUCUGGCACAAAAAAGGAGAUCUAGAUCAAAUGAUCGUGUAAAAAGAAGACGUUCUGGAUCAAGGAAUAGAACCGAAAGAAGAUGCUCUAGGCCUAAAGAUCAAAACGAAAGAAGACGGUCUAGGUCUAAAGAUCUAACAGAGAGAGGGCAACCUCAAUUCAAAGAUCGCAAUGAACGCAGGCGGGUCAACUCGCCCCAUGACAGAAGGCGCAACGAAAAUGGCGGUGGCAUGUAUAGAGAAACAGUCAGAAACCAAGGCAGAUCACCAGAGCGAAGACCGCAAUCCAGGAAUCGCGAUGAACAUGGACGGAAUAGAAAUUCAAGUCGAAACCAGAGUCCCAAGGGAAAGCGCAAACUUUCAGGGUCUGUGGAAAAGAGCAAAAAGCAAGCUAAGAGGAAUUCGAAGCGGCCAGCUAGCAGCAGUUCAGACUCCAGCGGAAGUUCAUCGAGCGCAUCGGAAACCACAUCUUCAGAUAGUUCCGCUGAAAGCUCCGGCAGUUCCUCCUCAUCAGAGGAGGAGCGCAGGAAGCGCAACAAGAAGAAGAAAGCAAAGUCGAAGAGCAGUUACAAGUCAAAAAAGAAACAUCAUAAAAAAUAA